AUGACUUUCCAAGUGGAAGGACUGAUAGCUAUCAUCGUGUUCUACCUUCUAAUAUUGCUGGUUGGAAUAUGGGCUGCCUGGAGAACCAAAAACAGUGGCAGCUCAGAAGAACGCAGCGAGGCCAUCAUAGUUGGUGGCCGAGACAUUGGUCUGCUGGUGGGUGGAUUUACCAUGACAGCCACCUGGGUCGGAGGAGGUUACAUCAAUGGGACAGCUGAAGCAGUGUAUGUACCAGACUAUGGUCUAGCUUGGGCUCAGGCACCAAUUGGAUAUUCUCUGAGUCUGAUUUUAGGUGGUUUGUUCUUUGCAAAGCCUAUGCGUUCCAAGGGAUAUGUGACCAUGUUAGACCCAUUUCAGCAGAUCUAUGGAAAACGCAUGGGUGGGCUCCUAUUUAUUCCUGCACUAAUGGGAGAAAUGUUUUGGGCUGCAGCCAUUUUCUCUGCCUUAGGAGCCACCAUCAGCGUGAUCAUUAACGUCAACGUGCAAGCUUCGGUCAUCGUCUCUGCACUGAUCGCCACUCUUUACACGCUGGUGGGUGGUCUCUAUUCUGUGGCCUACACCGAUGUAGUUCAGCUUUUCUGCAUCUUCAUAGGCCUGUGGAUCAGCGUCCCUUUCGCCCUGUCGCAUUCUGCAGUUACUGACAUUGGGUACACUGCUCUGCAUGCCAGAUACCAAAAGCCUUGGCUGGGGACCAUUGAAUCAUUUGAAGUCUAUACUUGGCUUGAUAGUUUUCUGCUGUUGAUGCUGGGUGGAAUCCCAUGGCAAGCCUACUUCCAGCGGGUCCUCUCUUCAUCCUCAGCCACCUAUGCUCAAGUGUUGUCUUUCUUGGCAGCUUUUGGGUGCCUGGUGAUGGCUCUACCAGCCAUACUCAUUGGGGCCAUUGGAGCAUCAACAGACUGGAACCAGACUUCAUAUGGGCCUCUAGGUCCCAAGGACAAAAACGAAGCAGACAUGAUCUUACCCAUUGUUCUGAAGUACCUCUGUCCUGUGUACAUUUCUUUCUUUGGUCUUGGUGCAGUUUCUGCUGCUGUUAUGUCAUCAGCAGAUUCUUCGAUCUUGUCAGCAAGUUCCAUGUUUGCCCGGAACAUCUACCAGCUUUCAUUCAGACAAAAUGCAUCAGACAAGGAAAUCAUCUGGGUCAUGCGAAUCACUGUAUUUGUGUUUGGAGCUUCUGCUACAGCCAUGGCCUUACUAACGAAGACCGUGUAUGGGCUCUGGUACCUCAGCUCAGACCUCGUUUACAUCAUCAUCUUCCCCCAGCUGCUUUGUGUGCUCUUCGUCAAGGGAACCAACACAUAUGGGGCUGUGACAGGUUAUGUGUCUGGCCUUUUCCUGAGAAUAACCGGCGGGGAGCCAUAUCUGUACCUACAGCCCUUGAUCUUUUACCCUGGUUAUUACUCUGAUAAGAAUGGCAUAUAUAAUCAGAGAUUCCCAUUUAAAACCCUUGCCAUGGUUACCUCGUUCUUAUCCAACAUUUGCAUCUCCUAUCUAGCCAAAUACCUAUUUGAAAGUGGAAUCUUGCCGCCCAAAUUAGAUGUGUUUGAUGCUGUUGUCGCAAGGCACAGUGAAGAAAACAUGGAUAAGACAAUUCUGGUCAAAAAUGAAAACAUUAAGUUGGAUGAACUUGCACCUGUGAAGCCCCGACAGAGCAUAACUCUCAGCACCACUUUCACCAAUAAGGAGGCCUUCGUUGACAUUGACUCUAGCCCAGAAGGCUCUGGGAUUGAAGAUAACUCAUAA